AAUGGUUUUAGGAUGUUUGCUACGUCGAUGUGUUUUGAACAAUAUUAAUCCGUCAAGCAUAACUAAUUAUUUGCCUGUUCGAGGGUUAAAAACAAGUUUGAUACUUGGAGAAGAAUAUGGUAGAGGAUUUGGUGCUUGGGACCAGAAACAUAAAGUGCCUGGUGGGACUAAGGAGCUAAGUUGGCCGGCAUAUAACGAGCGGGUUCAUCCACCCACAGGAGAAUACAGACCUGCAUAUAUCUGUCACGUUAGAGACAACAUUAAAUAUUCCGCGAAGAAGAUGUGGCCCAUAUCUAACUUUGUGAAAGGAUUAUCAGUUGACGAAGCAAUUAAACAAUUGUCUUUUAUCAAACUUAAAGGAGCAGUUAUUGCUAAAGAGGAGAAAUUUAACCCUGGCGAGAUGUUGGAAAGAUGGAUUAGUGAGCAGAGAGCUAAAACUGUUCCUAUCUCAUAAACUAGACCAACUCGAGAUUUCAAAUUCUAAAAUUGUUGCCAUUUCUGAAAUAAAAGAUAAUUAAGUUUUCAA